GCGAUGUCGUGUUUCGCCAGUACGAUUGUAUUCGUUAUAGUCGUUGUACCUAUGUGUUUUUGUCGCGAAUUUGCCCGUUUUUUAUUCUAAGUUCUUUUUUGCGCUCUCACUGACGUUCGCCAAUAUUGAACAUCGUCGUCGGGUCACUGUAUACUUUCGUAUCAUGUCGGAAACUGAGACAGAAAUUAGUACCCAAGAACGAUUUUUUAUGAAGCUUAUGGAAUUGGCGAAAGGAAAGGACAAUCAUUAUAUCAUUACAAAAGAUGCAUAAAAUUUACUUCUAAAAGAGGUCGAGGAUGCGAUAUUAGUAACUAAAAAAACAUCUACUCAGUAUAGAAGGAUGAAACGGUUUAAUGUUAUAGAAUUUGGCGGUACAAAAAACUGAUAACCCGCGGUUAUCCAGUUAAAUUUUAUUUGUCGGUGGAAGACAUUUUUAAUGUCAUUGAUUUGACACACAUCGCUAUAGGACAUGGAGGAAGAGAUCGUCUAAAGAUUGAAACUCCAAGGAAGUACGCCAACAUCAUCACUGGCAUGAUAAAUAUUUUUUUGUCCCUCUGUGAAACGUGUCAAAAAAAGAAAAAGCUAGGAAAGAAAGGACUAGUUUCGAAAACAAUUUUGCACACUGGGUUUAAUAGUAGAUGUCAAAUAGAUUUGAUAGACAUACAGUCGCAACCCGAUGCACAGUUUAGGUUUAUACUUAACUAUCAGAAUCAUCUGACAAAAUUCGUUCUGCUCCGCCCCUUGCAAACCAAGCGUGCAGAAGAAGUUGCAAGCCAUGUAUUAGAUAUUUUUUUAACCUUUGGUGCUCCGGUUCUUCUGCAUUCAGACAAUGGAAGAGAAUUCGUUAACAAUGUGAUUACAGAUUUGACAGCGCUAUGGCCAGAGUUAAAAAUCGUGCACGGAAAGCCUAGACAUUCACAAAGCCAAGGCUCCAUAGAGCGUGCUAACCAAGACGUGGAGCAAAUUCUCGCUUCCUGGAUGACAGACAGUAAAUCAACUAAUUGGUCAAUCGGAUUAAAGUUUGUCCAAUUUAUAAAAAAUAAAGCACACCACGCCGAGAUAAAUAUGACGCCUUAUAAAGCAAUGUUUGGGGUUAAUCCAAGAGUGGGGCUUGUAACCUCUAACUUGCCCAAUGAAUUGAUUACUACUAUAAACUUCGAGGAUGAACUUGAAAAUCUCAUAAGUACUGUAACUACAAGUGAAAAUAUGAUUGGACAGAAAGCUGCAGUUUCAGAUACCAUAGAUGCAAUUAGAAAAAAAGCUUAUGCAAAUUUGGAAAAACAGGUAACUCGAAUGAUAACUCGAUCCGAAAACAAAUUUCCUGCGGUUGAAGUUGGUGUUAACGUAGUAAUCCGCAUUCCAGAUGUUGACAAAGGCAAAACCGAUCAUCCAAAUAUCAUCGGAAUAGUGUUAGAAAAAACAGAGUACGAUCUAUAUAGAAUCGGAUGUAAAGAUAGAAUUCUAGAAAAAUUUUAUUGUAGAUGCGUCCAUUAUCAACUUUUUAUUUACUAAAUAAAAUAAAAUUAGAUAUUAAUAAGUAAUCAGUAAAAAUUGUUUCCGGUCUGAAUGUAUAACAUGUGAAGAAAAAUUCAUCACAGAGAAUCAAGUUCCGAAAAAUCAUAUUUCCCUCCGUGCAGCUGUAACAAAAGCAUCAACGGGGUCAAGGCAAGGAUUUGUAAAAUGCACAUGUAAAACAUCCUGCAGAACAAAUCGUUGUUUAUGUAAAAAAAUAUAAUUCUAUGUAACUCUAAAUGCCACAAUA